AUGGGAGCGGCUGCAUCAGUUGGCCGUGGGAACCGCGAGGAUGCUGCAGCGGCUGCCGCUGCAUUGGCCGGGGUCGCGCGGCAUGUGGCCGGCGCAGCGGUGGAGGAAGAGGAUGAUCUGCAGCAGCAGAGCCAGGCCUUGGCGGACCGGCUCCGAGCUCUUGCCCCGAGCCAGCGCAAGCUCCUGGCUGCAGGUCAGGCGCUGCCGCCUGAGCAGCGUGGCCUCCUCCUGGCAGCCCUGAGGCUGGUGCCAAGCCUGGCUGCGGAGCCGGCCCAGGGCCUGGCCCCUGAUCCGCUGGCAGCUGCACUGCUCCGCAAGGAAAAGUCGGCAACACGCUUGCCAAGCAUCGGCCCACGGGCGGCCGGUACUCUGCCUGCAGCGCUGGCAGCAGUGACGAUGCAAGGCAGUCCCGGCAGGCCUCCAUCCAUCCCAAGCGGCAUCGCAUCGCUUUCCCAGCGGUUAUUUGCGGCCGCCAUGGCGGAAGCAGAAGAUGCUGCCGGGGAUUCCCGAUUCCGUCUGUCGGACAAGGAGCUCCGUUCUCUUGCGGCUCUGUGGGCUCGUGGAGAGGGAUUAGAACUGCGCGUCCACUUGCUGCUUCUUCACGAUGAGCGCUGGGAGCCUUGUCAGGAGCACGUCUAUUUCGAAGUUCAUCAGACGACAUUGCUGCGGCCACGACCAGCCGCCCUUGCAGGGGUUUGCAUGAGACAUCUGCGGGAGCUGCUAGAGCUGAAGAGGAGCUGGCUUGAGACCCCUCUUUACCAAGCGGCUCUGAAGCGCGCCGUGCGGCCCUGCGCGGGACGCUUUCGCCAGGAGGUUCUGGAGCCUUUAUCCCCUGAGCGCCGGGCUUUCGUGGAGCUGCUUCCGCCAUCGCCUCCCGAGGCCUUCGUCAGUCACUGCUGGAGCGAGUCGUUCGAGGACUGCAUCCUGGCUUUGCAGCGCUAUGCAGUGGAGCUCCGGGGAUGGCGUUCCUGGUGCGACUGCAGCUUCUGGCUGGGCCUCCUGUCGCAGCCUUCCGAGGACUUCGAUGCAGACCUUCGCAACCUGAACUUUGGCAUGACGGCCAGCGGACUCGUGGUGGUGGUGUUGGGAGAGGCUGCCAGCUGGCCAACGAGGCUGUGGUGCUUAUACGAGCUUGUGUUGGCCCAGGAUGCCAGCUUGCCGGUGGAGGUCUGCUCUGCUCGAGGCGUCCUCGGGCGGAGGCCUACGGCCAAAGAGUCGAGAGGAUUUGCGCGGAGGCUUUUGGCCACCCUCCCGGACGAUGCGCGAUGUGGAAGGGACGAGGACGGAGAGCAGCUCGCGGCGCAUCUCUCGCCACGAGGUGGCCUUGAGGCCUUGCGGCGGCCGCUGGUUGCCUUGGCCGGACAGCUGCUUUGCCUUGGCGACACCACCUCCCUGGUGCCAGAGCUCUUCGGGGAGUUCCGGUUGCGCCUCAAAGGUGGCCCGCAUCGUGGUACCUGGGCUGAAGCCAUGUCUCGCAUGACCUCGAGGAGCUGCGCUGUCGCCAGUGGGGCGGUGAAGAUCGACGAGAUGGUGGCCUUCCUGCGAACCCCAGGUCAUUGCUUGCUGCUAGAGGGCCGGCCGACCGGUGGCCGGGCUCUGUUGGCCAGGCACUUGCUGGCCAGGCUUGCAGAGGGUGGCGGCACGACGGAUUCACGUCCCUGGCUUCCGGUCCAGGCCAACUGCGCUGUGCUCGGGAGUAUGAUCCGAGACGGCGGUGAAUCGUCGGAUCUGGAUCUCCUCAGCCAGUGGCUGACAGAGGAGCAUGGCAAGUCCCUUCUGGAGGAGCUCGGCCCUCGCUUCGCUGGUGUGGCGCUGCUUCUUGAGGGCCUGGAGCGCGCAGGUCCCUGUGCGGCUGCACUUGCACGCUGGACCAAACGCUGGUUGAGUCAGCCUGGCAUGGCCAAAUCAGUGCUGUUGACCUCCCGGCCCUCACUCCCCGAGCCGCCUCCCGGGGAGAGCGCCGCGGCCGAGGACUCUGCUUCCGACAUCUGGGGUUUGGCCGACGCCACGACAGCCGAGCGCGAGUGGGCACAGGCUGCCGCAGCGAAUCUUCCGGACAGCAGCCGUUUGCUGCAGGUCCAAAUCGAACGCGUGGCGGACAUGCCAUGCUUUCUUCCCUUUGCGAGGCUGCCUUCAUCCCUGGCUGGCAUGGGUCUUGGUGGCGUGGACCAGCAAAGGAUGUUGGAGCAGCCUUUCUCUGCCUCCAUUCUGCUUCGUUUGAAAGACCGGGACGUCUCUCCCUGCGACCUGUCCAAACUGAAUUGCCUCGAAGUCUACAGAUGCUUGGCGGAUGCCAUGUGGCAAAACGCUGGCUGGAAAAGUGAAUCCGCAGACUGCGGAGGUCCGGCAAAGUCGUUUUGCGAAAAUGCCUUGCGGCAGCUGGCGCUGGACAUGUGCUCCCGUAACGAACACAUCGUCCCUGUCAGCAACAUCGCCGACUUACUUGCGACUCCAUUCUUGUGCCGGGUCGGUGGACGUCAUGCCCGUUUUGCACAUGUAACGCUUCAAUCCUAUUUCGCGGCCCUGGAGAUCUUGCGGCGAAUGGACGUGGCUCCACAGGUCCUUGGACAGUCGCAAUGGCCGCAGGUGAAGCUCUUCCUGAAGCGGGGCCUAGAGGCUGCCAUAGCGACAGCUUGCAGGCUGCCAAAUCUUCGCCGCAAGGAGGGUGUGGAGCGGCUGCAGCAGUGCCUGCGCGUGGCUUUAGCCGUGGGCGCCGAUGUCAGCAGCAUCGCGGCGAGCUUGACCCAAGCCUGGGAACAGGUGCAUGCUGCGGCCCAGGAGUCGGAGGCCGGCGAGGUGGCAAAGUUGUGCUUGAGGACCUGGCUGCCGACGAGCUUGGAGGCCUGCCUGCAGAGGAGCCUCUUUGCCGGAGGCCCUUUGCCCUUGCAGGGCCUGCUGUGCUCCACCCUGGCUCUGGUCGGUCGGGUACUGCGCGUCGGCGGAGGCCUGCAGCUGUCGGAGCAGCUGCUCCUUGCCGCUCAGUCCAGCGUCGGGCUCGAGCACAAGAAGCAAACGGUGCUUUCAUGGCAACUCGCUGGCGAUUUCUCUGUGGAGCCGACGUUGCAUCAGCUUGCACACGCCACGGCUGCUGGGGUUCCAGGACCCCUGCGGUGGCAGCUGGCCCUGCUUUUGCUAGCUGCCCGUCGACCGGGCGAUGCCGUGGAAGACCUGCGGGCUGCUUUGCAGGUGGCGAAAGCAGCCGCGCUGCCCACGAAGCUCCUGGAGGACCAUAUCUGGGAAGCCUACAUCCGAGCAGCGGGCGGUUGGCCACCGAAUACAGACAAGGUGGAGGCAGCCGGGCAGCUUCUCCAGGAUUAUUUGGCAGGCUUCCCUGCUGACUGGGAGCAGGGGGCUCUAGAGGCUUUGGCGGCACGGGUCUCAGCCUUUGCCAAGCUGGUGCGUAGCUUUCAGUCAGGGAGCCUUGAAGGCUGGCACCACUCCGCGGAACUAGCAGCUGCCUCGGGCUUACCACAAGCUCUGGUGGAAGCGUCUGAGGCUGUCUUCUUUACAAGGCGAGUGGCCGCAGGACGGUAUCAUUCAGUCUUGCUCCGGAGGAGUGGUGGCGCGGUGGCCUUCGGACUCAACGCCGCAGGGGAGUCUCUGCUUCCACGUUUGCCAGCCGGUAUUCGUUACAUUGCAGUUGCGGCAGGCGCCCAGCACACACUGCUGCUGCGGAGUGAUGGCCGUGUUGGGUCCUGUGGGUUGAACCUUGAUGGCCAGAGAAGCCUCACAGGGCUGGAAGGCCGCGUCAUAAUCUCAGUCGCUGCUGGAGGCUUUCACAGCGUGCUCUUGGACUCAGAUGGUUCCUGUGAAGCUGUCGGCUGCAAUGAUCACGGCCAAUGUCAAGUGGCUUCUCGCUUGUCGGGACGCCGCUGCAUUUCAAUUGCUGCUGGUGCCCAGCACACCAUUUGCAUCUUGGAGGAUGGCAAUGCCGUUGCUGUCGGCCUGGAUGACAGUGGGCAGUGUAGCAUCCCAGGAAUUUCCCAGGUUCCUGCGCCAGGCAAGCGCGUGAGCUGGCUCCGUUACACGUCCGCUGCUGGAGGGGGCAAGCACACCGUCCUCCUGCGUAACGACGGUGAAGCAGCUGCCUUGGGAUGGAAUGCCUUUGGUCAGUGCAGUGUGCCGCCACUGCCCCACCAUGCCCGAUACACCUCUGUCAGCGCCGGGGACCGUCAUACGGUGCUUAUCCGCAACGACGGGGAGGCGGUGGCCACUGGAGACAACAGCUGUGGCCAGUGUCAGAUACCUCCACUGCCAUUGGGUAUGCGCUACAUGGCGGCAGCUGCUGGCAGCACUCACACGCUGCUUUUGCGAAGCGAUGGUCGGGUGCUUGCCUGCGGCAGCAACAGCGACGGCCAGUGUGAUGUGCCUGCUGAUGUCUAG